GCAAAAAAACUAACGAAAAACUGGAAGACGUCGGGAACCGAUUUGUCGCGCCUAAUAACACGAAAUGAAAUUUGGUUUCACGAAAGGCAAAUACUUAUGUGAUGAUAUGUCAGUGUAAGCUUAGCGUACGGUCCUCAAUCUCGGUUUCGAACGGCUGGCGGCGGAAAUAGCGAUAGAGCCGCGCCAACACAAUAAAUCAGGCAGAAAAUCGGAUUUGCAAGCUUGGGAAGAAAAUCAAGGAGAAAAAGACGCCAGCAGCUUCCUCGGAUUGUUUUGUUGUUGUUUUCGGUUCGUCAGAGUGUGUGCGUCGUGUGUGUGUGCGUCUGUUUUCCAGCAAAGUCAAAGUCGUCGAAGCUGCUGCAAGAAACGUGAAAUGCAAAUUGUGAAAAAAAAAAUUGCAAAAGAUACAACAAGCAACUAUAACCGCAAACACACGGCCAACGCAACAAUAACAGAGGCAACAACAAAACGGUCUCGCGUGUAUUGAAAAAUUGCAUUGCAAAUUGCCCCAGCAGCCAGCAGUAGCAAUAACAACAACGCGAGAUUGCGCGCCAAAAGCGAAAGAAACAAAAGGAUUGCACAUAAACAAACCGAAAAAGCAGAAGCAGCUGAGCGCCAGAGAGGGACAGCGAAAAAUCAAAACACCGUCGAGAGGCAGAAAUUCCUGUUUAUCCACCUCCACCUCCACCACCCCCAGCCCCGGCGACGGGACCUCACCACACUCUGAGCAGGCUCUUGUGGCAUUCGUGAUACGGCAUUCAGGCACAGUCUGGCGGAGCCUGAGAACGCGGACGGAACGAUGAUGUCCAUGACCAGCUCCCCGCCGGCCACGCCCACUGGCGUCCAGACGGACUCCGACGGGCUGAUCCUGCCCAAGAAGCUCAUCAAUCCCUGCAUGGAGAACAUCGACCGCAAGGAACUGCAUCGGGAGCUUAAGUUCAAUGCCAGAGUUGGCAAGAGCGUGCUUAACCAAAAAUCGGAGCUGCAACGUGCCUACGAUAAGCAGAAGGAGCGGCAUGCCGCUGCCGAGCAGCACUCCCCGGAUGCGGAGAUCGUUGGCGGCAUUCCGGGACUCAAGGGAGAACUCGGCCGUGUGAUCAUGGAGCGGGCGCAGAAGCACGAGGCGGCGGCCCAGAAGCAGGAUCAGGAGGAGGCCGAGGAGCGGCAGUACGUGAACCCCGAGUAUCUGAACGUGAGGGCCAAGCUGCGCACGGCGCACGCCAACAACUAAGGAGCGGCCCACUCGGAUUACCCUCAUCCUAUAAUCCUCAGCACUUGAUUUAUGUUUAGUUUUAGCAACAGACCUAACCAAAUUGUGUGGAAGGAAACCAUGUGUUUUAUGUGUUAACUUUGUGAGCGGUUUUCAUUUUGAUAUUAUGCAAAACUAGUUGGUUAUUAUAAUUAAAGUUUACUCCUAGCCUAA